AUGAUGAACAUGACUCCAGAGCAGCUGGAGAGGGUCCUCGGGACCUUUGCGAGCGAAUUACAUCAGCAGAUUCGCAAGGAGUCUAGGGCCACAGAAGUCAAACUACGGCACGAGAUCCUAGCGAACCAACUUCAAACACAGCAUGAGAUGAUGGAGGUGCAAAAGAAGUUACAACACGAGAUGAUGGCGAUGCAAACGAAAAUACGACACCAGUUCCAAGCGAUGGAGAAACAAGCCCACCUGGCCGAAUUGUCCGAGGAAGCGCUCAACAACAAGCUUGAGGCCCUGACCGAGAUGGUCUGUACAAUGGAAGAAAGCGUCCCUAAGAUUGGUGAGCUGCCAUCACCGUUGAAUGAGGAGUCGGAUUGGUUCGGGGAAAACACAGCUCUCCGUGAGUGGGCAACUUGGAUUCAUGAUUCAUUGCUGGGAGUGUGGCCAGACGAAACGACGUAA